AUGUCCGAGGAAGCUUUUGUUACGUUGGCGACCAGCGACAGCUAUGCCAAAGGAGCCAUGGUUCUAGGACAGUCUCUGAGGAACCACCACACAAACCGGAAACUAGUAGCACUUGUUGGACCCCACGUCACAGACUGCUGCAUAGAGGCGUUGAACACAAUCUUCGAUGAGGUGUGUGUGGUGAAUGUGUUGGACUCUGGGGACACUGCAAACCUGGCCCUGAUGAAGCGUCCGGAUCUGGGGGUGACUCUUACAAAGCUGCACUGCUGGACCCUCACACAGUACAGCAAGUGUGUGUUCAUGGACGCAGACACGAUGGUGCUGUCCAACAUCGAUGAGCUGUAUGAGAGGGAGGAGCUGUCUGCUGCCCCAGACCCCGGCUGGCCCGACUGCUUCAACUCAGGAGUGUUUGUCUUCAGGCCAUCCAACGAAACGCACGACAAGCUGCUCACCUUUUGUUCAGAAAACGGCAGCUUUGACGGUGGUGACCAAGGCGUCCUGAACAGUUACUUCAGCACUUGGGCAACAGCUGACAUUUCCAAGCACCUUCCAUUCAUCUAUAACCUCAGCAGCAUCGCCAUCUACUCUUAUUUACCAGCAUUUAAACAGUACGGUCAUAAUGCCAAAGUGGUCCACUUUCUGGGUCAGGUGAAGCCGUGGAGCUACUCUUAUGACACUAAGAAGGGAGAAGUCAAAGGUUCUGUGUCGCAGCAGUCUGCACACAUGCACCCAGACUACCUGCUCCUGUGGUGGCAGCUCUACACCAAGUCUGUGGCCCCCCUCCUGAAGUCGGCCUACAGAGACGAACCCUUCAGCAGCGGCUUUGUCCAGCAUGAAUAUGAAGACUUAACCCACCAGGCAGCUGCCCCUGCCCCUGAACCCAAGAAGCUUUCAUCUGAAGAGCGGAAGAAGCGCUGGGAGGCUGGCCAGAUCGACUACAUGGGGGACGAUUCAUUCGCCAACAUUGAACGCAAACUUGACACAUUUUUGAAGUAG